AGCUGCCUGACGUGCAUUGAUCGACCCUCACCUCUCGUGCUUCCCUGCCUGACCACCGUGCAACGUCAAAGUCUACCUAGUCAUUCCCCUCGCGCCCAAACACGAUUUCUUUCAAUUCCUUUGCCCUAUCAUUCACAGAGUCAGUAGAUCAACCGUGUCCUCCAACGACCUGUUCUCGACCUCGCUCGUGACAACCAAACGAACCCCCAUCGACUCAUCUCGGAUCGUCCUCAUCCCUCCCACCAAUUCUCUCCGUCGAGCUGUCAAGAUGUCUUCUCCAGCUUCUCAAUCUGUUUCCAAGUCGGCCAAAAAGAAGGCUGCGAAGGCUAUCGAGCGUGUCAACUCUCCUGCUCCCAGUGCUGCCUCAGGUGCAGCUGAGAAGAACAGCGACGACGGCCCCGCCAGUCAAUACAUCAGGGAGCUCCAGAAGAAUAUUCGCAAUCUGAACAAGAAGAUUACAAACGCCUCGAAGACCGAUAGCAUCCUCAACGAGCACCCCAAGAAGACCCUCGAUGAACUCGUCAGCGAGAAGAUUAUCAACGCUGAUCAGAAGGCUCAAAUCGAGAAGAAGCCAGAGCUCCGGGCUCAGCUCCAGCAGCAAGAGGAGCAGCUGAACCAGUACAUCAAGAUCGACGAACAUUAUCGCUCACAAGCCACUGCGGACAAGGCUGAAUGGGAAAAGACUCUCGAAAAGGCCAAGAGCGAUGCAGCCGCCGAGGUAGAGGCGAGAUUCCGAGCUUCUCAGCGCAAGGAUCUGCUGCUGCUAUCCCAGUUCCUGCGGUUAGCUGCCUACCGCCGUGAGGAGGGUGGUGACGCAGAGUCGGACGAGUCCCAAGCCAUUGAAGGCAUCCUUCUCGCCAUCUACACAGGAGAUGACAGCGCAGUCGAAACUAUGCUGAAGCUCACCCAAGGAUCGUCCGACGCUCCGCUUAGUGUGCCUGGGGAGCAGCUACAGACUCCAUACUCGCAGAUCAAGACCCUCGCCCAGACUUACAAGAGUCCCUACGAAAUCGAUGCGGCGGUUGAGCCAUCUGUCGAGAUUGAGGCUGCCACUGACCCCACAGUUGCGCACGCGACUACGACCGAGAUUGAAGCCGGCGACGCCACACAGCUCAAUGGCCAAUCUGUGGAGGCAAUCACGAGCGGCAUCGACAAUGUCAAUGUCACCGACCAAGCUGCCAAUGCUAUUGGCCAAAGUCACUGGGACAGCUCCAAGGACGUACCUACCUCGCAGGACGAGUGGGUGCAGGUACCCCGGGACCCCGCCGAGACCGACACGGGCCUGAACGCGACACCUGCCGUUGCUGCCAACACCCAGUCGUGGGCAGACGACCACCCUGAGCAAACGCCUGCUCCCAAGACUGCUGACCCGAACGAAGGCUUCCAGUCGGUACAGCGCAACCGUGGCCGCAAUGAUAGUGGUCCCAGCCGCGGAGGCCGUGGACGCGGUGAUUUCCGUGGUCGUGGCCGUGGUGAUGCUCGCGGUCGCGGCCGUGGUGGCAGAGGUGGCCCUUCGCGUGGUGGACCUCGCCGAACUGAAGAGUCGUAGAACUCCAUCUCUCAGGGAGGCUUGGUUUCCAUGAGGGCUUAAACCUACAUGUAACCUUAGCAUCGUCCUGCUCGCAGCGGCAAGGACGAUUGUACAUCAGUUGUUGAAGGCGUUUUACAGAGUCACCGUGGCAUAGCAAGGGGGUUCAUGGCUGAUUUCCAGGAACGGAAGAUACACAAUGGGUGUGUGUGGACAAUAUUUUGGAGGGCGGUCGUUUAGGUGAUUGUUAGAUAUGUCCUAUCGCUGGACAUGUACAAUAUGAUGCAUUACGACCUCUCAAGCUGAAACCUACCACUGUUCUUAACUACCAAAAUGCGCCAAAGGCAUUGCAUAUUCUGCAGCACCACACGAUAUGCCA